ACCAACCCUUCAACAACAAUUAUUAUUAUUAUUAUUAUUAUUUUUCUCAUGUUAUUAUUAUUAAACGACAUUUUAACACAGCUCAGCAUUUUCACGUUUUCAAAACCCUCUAUGGGACAUUUUCACAAACACCUUUGAGUCAAAAUAAUAACAAAACCGUUUCACCGCGUAACGCAACGCAACGCAACGCAACGCAACGCAACGUAGAAAUCUUUGAACGGGGAAGAUGAGUUUCAGAGAAGAGGCUGGUGGUGGUGGUGGCGGUGGUGGUGGUGAUGGAAGGGAUCUUCAGAAACCGUUUCUUCAUACCGGAAGUUGGUAUAAAAUGAAUUCAAGACAAUCUAGUGUUAUGGGAUCCACCACUCAGAUUAUGCGCGAUGGUUCUGUUUCUGUUCUCUUUUGUGUUCUUAUCGCUGCUUUGGGUCCUAUUCAAUUCGGUUUCACGUGUGGAUAUUCUUCUCCGACGCAACAAGCUAUAAUCAAGGAUCUAAACCUCACGGUUUCUGAGUUUUCUUUGUUUGGAUCUUUAUCCAAUGUGGGUGCUAUGGUGGGAGCUAUAGCCAGUGGUCAGAUAGCAGAAUACGUCGGGCGCAAAGGGUCGUUGAUGAUUGCUUCGAUUCCCAAUAUAAUAGGGUGGCUCGCCAUUUCUUUUGCCAAAGACUCCUCGUUUUUGUUCAUGGGGAGGUUGUUAGAAGGUUUUGGUGUUGGGAUUAUCUCUUAUGUGGUGCCUGUUUAUAUAGCUGAAAUAUCACCUGAGAACAUGAGAGGAAGCCUUGGAUCGGUGAACCAGGUUGGAUUUGAGUCUCAAAUCUUUUCUUUCAAUUUUUCUAUAUUAAUUAAAGGGUGUGCCAGUGUGGAGGUUUUGAAUUUGGGAUCUAAUAUUUAUGCAACUUUUCUGGCUCAGCUUUCUGUUACAAUUGGAAUAAUGCUGGCUUAUCUUUUGGGCCUUUUUGCGAACUGGAGAGUGCUUGCAAUCCUAGGAGUUUUGCCUUGUACAGUAUUAAUACCUGGAUUAUUUUUCAUACCAGAAUCUCCUAGAUGGUUGGCCAAGAUGGGGCUGAUGGAUGAUUUCGAGACUUCAUUGCAAGUGUUGAGGGGAUUUGACACAGAUAUAUCUGUUGAAGUACAUGAAAUUAAGAGAGCUGUGGCAUCAAAUGGAAAAAGAACUACAAUCAGUUUUGCGGAUCUCAAGAGGAAAAGAUAUUGGUUCCCUUUAUCGAUGGGAAUUGGAUUACUUGUACUUCAACAAUUGAGUGGUAUCAAUGGAGUUUUAUUCUAUUCAACUAGCAUCUUUGCAAAUGCAGGAAUUUCAUCCAGCAGUGCUGCUACUGUUGGCCUUGGAGCUAUUCAGGUCCUAGCUACUGGAGUAGCUACUUGGUUGGUGGACAAAAGUGGGCGCAGGGUGCUCCUAAUAAUAUCAUCAUCUUUAAUGACAGCUAGUCUUCUCGUCGUUUCUGUAGCAUUCUAUCUGGAGGAAGUUGUAUCAAAGGAUUCAGAAUAUUUCAGCAUUUUGGGAAUAAUAUCUGUUGUUGGCCUUGUGGUUAUGGUAAUUGGGUUCUCUCUAGGACUUGGACCAAUCCCUUGGCUUAUAAUGUCGGAGAUACUUCCCGUGAAUAUAAAGGGCCUUGCCGGCAGUAUAGCAACCAUGGCUAAUUGGCUAGUAGCGUGGAUCAUCACAAUGACUGCAAACUUGCUUUUGACUUGGAGCAGUGGAGGGACAUUCACAAUCUACACAAUAGUAUCUGCUUUUACUGUUGCAUUUACAGCACUAUGGGUGCCUGAGACCAAGGGAAGAACAUUGGAAGAAAUUCAGUUUUCUUUAAGAUAGAGUAUGUUUUGGGAGAGCAUACUGGUAAAUGAUGUGUGUAUGAUAUCAUGUAUUUUUAUAGACGCGUGUAUUCAUCAAGUUUUUGUAGCAAAUCACGUAGUUUAUUUGUAUUAUUACAAGUUACAUUCUGCCUUGCCUAUUGGGAAGAAGGAAAUAGAGUGAAUAGGUUACCAAUCUUUGUAUAUGGAGUCAUCUUGUUGUAUUUUAUGUCUGUAAUCUGGAUAUCAGAUUAAGAAAUACAAUGAUGAAAAACAAACUGUUUUGAGUUAGGAUGAUUAUUUGAUCCAUGUAUGCAUCAUGGAAGAUAAUAAUAUAUGAAUAAAAAUAUUUUUCAUCA